GUAUCGCAUAGCCCAUACCCCUAAAGUCAGUUUGGGUUGUUGGGAGCGCUUGAGCAUCGCAAGCAUGGCGAAAUCUUUUCAAGCCUCCUUUCUUAGCGCUCUGGUCUUAUGCUGUAGUUUUCUCUCCAUCAAAGCUGCGGUGAAUUCCCAAUGGGUUCAGAGGCUGAACCGGUUCCAGGAAAAAUACAAUAACAGCAGAUCAGAUAUUAUAUUCUUACUUGAUCUGUCUGGUAGUCUUAGCGAUUAUGGCUUCCAGAUGGAGAAAAAGUUUGUCAACUCUCUUCUCAGUGAAAUCAGUGUCCAGCCUAUUGCGACACGGUUGGCAGUAGUGACAUUCGAGCAGUCAGCUGCCAGGAGAAUUGACUACAUUGACUACAAUGGGCUUGAUAAGAACAAGUGCACGUUUUCUAAAGAUUUUGCACGAAUCAAGCACGCCAAGGGGCCAGCAACUAACAUGAAUGCUGCCUUUGAUCGAGCAAGGAGAAUCCUCAACAGCGCAAAGUCUAACGGGAACUUGCGUCAGAAUGUGAACACUGUCAUAGUGUUGUUAACAGAUGGUUGGUGGAAUCUUGGUGGCAAUCCAAAAGCAAUCGCCGAAUCACUGAGAAGUCCGUCUUCAUUUUAUGCAGAGAUCAUCUCUGUUGGUGUUGGAUAUGUGUCCCAGUGGCAGCUACGAGACAUAGCUGGAAUUGAUUCAAACGUCAUUAUGGCAAACUCUUUCACCCAGUUUGAAGAGUUAGCCACCAAGAUAAGAGGGGAUCAGAUGGAAAAACUGUACCAGCCUGUUGAUGUGACCAAAUGUGGUAAAGUAUGUGAUCAGAAUGCCCGGUGUUCUUGCGGUACGAUCAGCGGUAUCUACCAAUGCGCAUGCACAUCAGGAUAUUAUGGGAGUGGCGAUCCAGGAAAAUGCUGGCCAUGCCCAUUCGGAACAUAUAAAGAGUUCUCUUCGCCAGAUCCCUGCAAACUAUGCCCGGCUCAUUCCUCUACAAAAGCAACUGGUUCAAUGUCACUUAAUGCCUGUCAGUGUUUCGAGGGAUACAAAGGGAAUCCAGGAAAUGGUGUUGCCUGCAAAAUUGUUGAGUGCCCUCCACAAAAAACCACCAUCCCGAAUGGCAGGAUUGAAAACUGUGGGAACAAAUACCAAGAAACAUGCACUUUUGCUUGCAACCAGCAUCAUCAUAUUCUUGGUGAAACUUCACAGAGUAAAAAGAUCGUAUGUCAAAAAGAUGGAACGUGGAGCAUGCAAACUACACCCUCUUGCAUACCAAUUCAAUGCCCUGCUCUUCCCACGCCUCCAAAAAUGAUAGUAAAAUAUACCUCUCGAUUGGUUGGUGGUGUUUCUACAUUUGAAUGCAUAACUGGAUAUCGAAGGAAUGGAACUGACAAAAGGACAUGCCGAAAUGAUGGACAAUGGAGUGGCGAGCAGCCAUCUUGUGACGUUAUCAAAUGCCCAAGCUUGCGAAGGGUUGACAACGUGAACAUAACCCCAGAGAGGUGUAUAAACUCAAAGACGAACUUCGACGAUGGAUGUGCAUACAGCUGUAAACUAGGUUACACUUUAGUAUCUGGAAACCAAGCGAGAAAAUGUCAGGCUGAUGGUACCUGGUCUGGCACCGAGCUGGUUUGUGAAGACAAAACACCUCCAACUAUUACCUGUCCAGACGAUAUUGAUGAUUUAACAGAUGAAGGCAAACAAUACAAAGAGAUUGCAUUUAAGAUGCCUGAAGUGAGAGACAACUCCGAUGCUUUGGUCCAGUCUGUCGUGACGGUGACCCAGCUGCCUAGUUCUAUCAAAUCACCUUACAAGUUCCCAAUCAAUGACACUACUAUCAUUUUUACUGCCACCGAUGAGGCUGGUAACAGCCACAGAUGCACUUUCAGAAUUAAAAUCAAAGAUCGAGAGGCACCAGUUUUCACCUACUGCCCACCGGAUAUUUCCAGUACACAAUCGAGUGAUUCAUCAACGGAGGUCGUUACCUGGGACCCACCUACGUACAAAGACAACUCUGGCUACGUUGAGCUUGUGCACCAAAGUCAUAAGUCUGGUGCAACAUUCCCAAUUGGUCCAAUCAAUCUCGUCCGAUACACGGUGAGAGAUUAUUCUGGAAACGAAAAGAAAUGCGAAUUCCAUAUCAAGAUUGAAUCACGCACUUGUCCAAAGCGUGAUCCUCCAAUCAACGGUGCACUCGCUCUGUCAUUCAGCUCGAUGAUGUUUGAUCUAUACCAAGCCCAAUGCAUGUCACCAUAUGUUCCAAAUGGGCCUAUGUCCUUUCUUUAUGCUUGUUAUCCAAGUGGAGACUGGACAGCUUUCCCAGACAGCCGAUUUCCUUCGCAAUGGCCAGAUUGUACAGCUGUUGGAAGCAUGGAAGGUAUGUCUCAAAGGAUGAAGCUGUACUACUACUCUGGAAACUGUCAUGAGAGCAUUCAGGCUCAAGAACAAAUAAAGAAUAAUUUUCUUCAGGUUCUGAAUGUUUACUUGCAAAAAACCGGAAAGGGAGGUUGCGCAGAUCCAAAUAACGCAAUGGUAUGCAAAGCAGAAAAUGUGAAGAUUAAGUGCGGUAAAUUGCAAUCUAAGAAGAGAAGUCUACAGAAUGAAAUCACUAUUCAAGUUGACCUUGAAGUCAUCACCAAGUCAAACGACGCUUCUACUCAAGCUGUUGUAUCUGGCCUAGCAUCUGCUGUUAACAGCCUUGGAUCGGCGUCUACUACGGAGGCCAAUGCCGUCAAAAAUAUCAAUGUUGGCCAAGACACACUUAGGUUUGCACAAGUACAGCCAGUUGGAUCUGUAAUGUCAUUAUGUUCCAAAGGAGCUGUUUUGGAUUCAUACGCCAGCAGUAAUGACAAUAUUACUGAAGUUCAGGGAUGUGUUGCCUGUGUUGCUGGUAAAUACUACGACCUAGAUGAAAGGAAAUGCAAGUACUGUCCUGUUGGAACUUACACUCAAAUUCCUGGCCGUCUUGGCUGCUCGUUGUGUCCUAAAGGAAAGACUACACCUGGAGUUGGAACCAGUAAUGCAACGGAAUGUAGAGCUCCAUGUGGCCCAGGUACAUUCUCUGCCACUGGCCUCCAGGGUUGUCAAUUCUGUCCAAAAGGAACAUAUCAAUCAGGCUAUUAUGGCAAAAACUGCGUGAAGUGUCCAGGAACCACAACUACAGUCAAGAUCGGUGCAUCAAGCCUUCGUCAGUGUGGAAUGCCAUGUCAGCCCGGUACAUACUCUGCUUCUGGAGCUGAGCCAUGCACACCCUGCCCAAAGGGCACCUUCCAGGUAGCAGCUGGUAGUGAUAAGUGCAGAUCAUGCCCAAGUGGAAGGUUUACCCAUGGAGUUGGAGUAACCAGCGAAUCAGAUUGCCAAGCUAUCAACCAUUGUGCAUCAAACCCUUGCAUCAACGGGGCAUCGUGCAAAAAUGAGGCCGAUGGGUUCACUUGCUCUUGCAAAAUUGGAUUCUUUGGAAACUUGUGUCAAAACGAGAGAGAUGAAUGCGCCUGUAAUCCAUGCUUUGGAGAUGCAGUCUGUGUUGAUAAGGUGAAUGGAUUUGAAUGCAUGUGCCCGCUCGGGUACCAAGGUACAUUCUGCGAAGAUAAGAAGACUGAAUGCUCGGCUGGCAAAUGUCAAAAUGGUGGAAAGUGCAGUGAAACUCCUGACGGUUUCACAUGUAGCUGCGCAGCUGGGUUCACCGGGCUCUACUGCGAGGCAACAAUCAAUGAAUGUGCUUCGAUGCCAUGCAAAAACAAAGGACGCUGUAUUGAUUCUGCAAAUGGGUUCAGAUGCGAAUGCAAGCCCGGAUUCACUGGUGAGCUAUGCGAGGACAAUGUUGAUGAUUGUGCUGCAAACAAUUUGUGCCAAAACGGCGGAGUUUGUGUUGAUGGUGACAGUAGCUUCACUUGCCAAUGCAAACCGGGAUUCGGUGGAAGCAGAUGUGAAGUCAACAUCGACGAGUGUGGCUCAAAUCCAUGCAGAAACGGUGGAGUUUGUGUUGAUGCCAUCAAUGGAUACAAAUGUCAUUGUACACCAACAUUUUACGGCAAUAACUGUCAAACUAGACAGCAAGAGAUGAACUUUGACUUGGUAUUUAGCAGAGACACUCAAGGAUAUGCAGAAUCUAACUUGAAAAACCAACUGGGUGCCUUCACAUUGUCCUUCUGGAUGAAAGGAGUGCAAGAUGAUCUUGAAGCUGGAACUCCGGUCUCUUACGCUGUUAAUGUAGGCGACUCACUUGUUGAUAAUGCUUUGGUUGUUCGUGACCCUGAGUCCUUUAUAAUGGUUAUCAUGGGCAAAGAGAUUGAAUCGGGAGUUUCGGUGAAUGAUGGGAACUGGCAUCAUGUUGCUUUUUCAUGGUCCAGCGGCACCGGAUCCUUUGCUGCCUACCAGGACGGUUUGAAGAUCAGUGAAUCUGUGGAGUUCCAAAAGGGACAGAAAAUUCCUGCUGGUGGCUAUUUCAUAUUAGGACAGGAACAGGACGAAGUUGGCAGAAAUUUCAGUUUAGGAGAAGCAUUUUAUGGCAGCAUGUCACAGCUUAACUUGUGGAACAAAGUUCUUUCAGACAGUGAAAUAUCAGAAAUGUCCCGCUAUCGAUGCGAUGGUAUUCUUGGUAACGAACUGGCAUGGCCUGACUUUUUACAAAAGAGAGUUGAAGUUAACAAAGUAAAUGAAUUCUGUACAGUGAAAUAUACGAAAUUUUCCACCUGGAACAGCAGAUCAACGCCAUCAAAUGGUAUUGAACAUGAAGCACCAACCUGCAGCAACUCGGUUUCCGCCCAGUGCAUGUCAGUCAAUAAAGAAACAACCCAAGGCGUUAAUCUGAUUGAUACUGAGUGCUCUUCUGCUGGUUACACUUGCAAAGACAGCGAUCAGACCAAGUAUGAUCCUAACAACUCUUUGAGAUGCAAAGACUUCCAGGCAAGAUUUGAAUGCCCAUACACCAAAAGAACUUCAUCAUGUUCCAAUUCUCCUUGUAAAAAUGGUGCAAGUUGUAUCGAGACUCUGCAGUCAUAUCGUUGUCAAUGUAUAGAUGGGUAUGGAGGCAAAAACUGUGAAAUUGCUCUUCCUUGUUAUAAAUUAAAGACCAUCCCACACGGAAGUGUUUCGAUUUCUGGAAACACUUUCUCAUUCAGAUGCAAUGCUGGCUAUCGACUGUCCUCAAGUGGCUCGCUUUAUUGUCGUGCUGGGUCUUUGAGUGGACCCGUGCCAACCUGUGUUGAUAUUAACGAAUGUGCUGCUUCAAACGGUGGGUGCGAUCAGCUAUGCGUCAAUACAGAAGGAAGUUUCAAAUGUCAAUGCAAUAAUGGAUACGAGCUUAGGAAUGGUCGAUGCGUUGACGUAGACGAAUGUGCUCUUGGCAAGCAUAAUUGCCAGUACCAUUGCUACAACACUCAGGGCAGCUACCGUUGCAGAUGCCCGGCUGGUUAUGUUUUGAAUGCAGAUUUAAGAUCAUGCAGAGACAUCAACGAAUGCGAAGCUUCUAGCCAUAGCUGUCAGCAUCACUGUAUCAACAAGAGAGGGUCUCACGCAUGCGCUUGUAGAAUUGGAUACGUCCUUGCUGCCGACAAAAGAUCUUGUGAACGUAAAACCUGCCCAUCAUUGUCAAGUCCCGCAAACGGAGCUGUCUCGACUCCAGAUCGCCACUAUGAUGGAACAGCAACAUAUAGCUGCAACAGCGGGUACAAACUGACUAAAGCGACUCGACGAACCUGCGAUGCCAACGGUCAGUGGUCUGGAGAAGAGCCUUCAUGCCAAGCCGUCACUUGCGUUACCCUUGGUGGCCUUUUGAACGGGCAGUCCUCAAACGGUGGAACAAACUUUGGAUCAACAAACAGGUAUACAUGCAAUGCUGGCUACCAACUCAUUGGGUCUGCACAAAGAAGUUGUCAGCAGGAUGGAACGUGGAGUGGAACCAUGCCAAGAUGUGUUCGCAUGACAUGCCAACUGUUGCCCAAUCCUGCAAAUGGUAAAGUUGUUGGCACAUCAGCUGUGCAAGGUGCCACUGUUCUCUUCUUCUGUAACCCUGGAUACAUGUUGUCUUCAUCAUCAAGCAACUUCAGGACAUGUCGAGCCGAUGGGUCGUGGACAGGCUCCCAGCCUACAUGUAUUGCUGUAAGAUGUCCUGCCAAGGGUAGCCUUGCCAAUGGCGCCAUCUCAUCCGAUGGUGACACGGUUGGAAAGAAACUUGUUUACACAUGCAACGAAGACUACGGAUUAUCAGGCCUUGGACAAAGAAUUUGCCUCGGAAAUGGCGAAUGGAGUGGAUCUGCACCAGCUUGUGUUCAUCGCACUUGCGACUAUCCUGGUAUCCCACAGAAUGGUGAUAUGGUUGGAUCCUCCUUAGCCUAUGGCAGCAAAGUUCAUUUCUCCUGUAAGACUGGAUUCAAGCUUGUUGGCGAUAGUGUUAGACUCUGCUUAGAAAGUGGAAAGUGGACAGGAGCUAACCCAGUUUGUCAAGAAAUUGUCUGUGGAGAUCCAGGCACACCAGCCAAUGGUGCUAAGCAUGGAAAUGACUACACCUUUGGCAAACUAGUUGGCUUUGAUUGCAAACCUGGUUAUUCUCUCAGAGGCUCAAUACUUAGAAAGUGUCAAGAUACUGGCAAAUGGGAUGGAGUCCAGCCGGUUUGCACAGCUGGCGUUUGCGGAUCUUCAAGCCUAAUUGGACCUUCAGGAACAAUCAGCUCCCCAAAUUACCCCAACGGAUAUGGAUUAAACGAGUAUUGUCGGUGGGCUGUUACAGUAGCAAGCCACAAGAAGGCAUCAAUAGAGAUAAAGAAUUUGAAAACUGAACUCGGCUAUGAUUCAUUGGAAAUCAGAGAUGGGUCCAAUGGCCAGGUGAUCUCCCGCCUCAGUGGCUUGUUGCCAAAACCAAUGGUUUACACUUCGUCUUCUAACAAACUGGACUUGAAAUUCAUAUCUGAUGGCAAGAGUAUUGGGGCUGUCGAAGGAUUUAAAGCCGACUAUUUUGCUUCAACAUGCGGUGGUCAUUUGCAGAAUAUAGGAGAUACUUUUACAUCUCCCAGCUAUCCUUCUAAUUACCCAAGAGGAGUAAGCUGCGUAUGGCAGUUUUCAUUCAAUGAACGAAUAGAACUUGACUUCUCGGCAUUCAAGACAACCAACAGCGAGGACAAGGUGCAAAUUUGGAGUUCGCUCACCACCCUCACUUCUUCUACCUUUAUUGGAGAAUUCUACGGAAGCAAAGGAUCUUUGCUCAAAGUACCAUCUGACACCGGAGCCAUGUACAUCAAGUUUACGUCAGGAUCUUACUAUCCAAGUUCUGGCUUCCAAGCAACUAUAAAAAGAUCUUCGUCAGCGAUAGGAAAAUGAAGCUUACAAACCACAAGUCAAAUAUAAACUGGAAAAUAUAUCUGCAAUUAUAAAUAAAUGGUGUUAAAGUGAAAAUUGUAUUUAAUUAUUCAAUCUGCAAAUACUGCCGUAGAUGUAUUGAUUUUUCAUAAUUAUGUUACAGAACAGAA